UAUAUAUUAUUAUUUUAUUUUUAUUAUUAGUUUGUUUAUCCAAUAGGUACUAUAAUCAUUUGUUGUCUUUAAAUUAAAAUGGCUACCCAUCGUGUAUCAAUGAAUAUAUUGAGUAACUUAAAAAGUGGAUGGUUUUUAAAAAGUAGUACGUUACUUAAUAGAAAGUUAAUCAAUUUAAACAAAAGAAAUGAAUAUGCUGGGGCAUUACUGAAAGUUCCUAUUCAACGGCAUUCAAAAUAUCUUUACCAAUGUGUCAUUAUUGGUACAGCUGCUUUUUCUGGAUUACUUAUAACUUUCCGUAGGUUAAACACUGUACAAGCAGAAUCAAUAGCUAAUGAUGAUAAUGUUGUUAGUGCAAUGACUCGCAGAGAAAGUCGGUUCAAUGAGUUUGCUUCAUGUGAAUACCAAGGCCAUGUAGUUAUGACUCCUUUUGAUUUUGUUGAAUCUCUAAUCGAGAACAGACCAAAAACUUCAAGAAGUUCAAAAAUUCGCUUGACAGAAAAGGAUAUCAAAGAAAUGGUUAAGUUUACACCAGGCAUUUCAAAAGGCUCUUCUAAUUUUUUUAGAGAUUUAGAUCAGAAAGGAAUUAUAACAUAUUCAGAGUAUAUCUUUCUUGUCACAAUUUUAACAAAAUCAUAUGCUGGUUUGAAAAUAGCUCUGAAAAUGAUUGAUGUGAAUGAUGAUAAAGAAAUUACUCUUGAAGAAUUUCAGAUGAUUGUUCAAAUGAUUGACAAAUCUUCUCAAAGUUAUAAGCAAAAAAGUAAUAAUAUUAUGGAAUUGAAGAAAACAACACUACUCUUGCACCUGUUUGGGAAAAAAGGAAAUCAAGUUGUCUCAUUUGACCGAUUUUUUAAAGGAUUUACAAAAUGAAGUCCUGGAGUUAGAAUUUAAUGAAUACUCAAAAGGUGUAAAAAGAAUAACAGAGAUUGAGUUUGCUAAAAUCUUAUUACGCAAUACUAUUCUUUCACAGACAGACUAUUCUCAAUAUAUCAGUAGACUUGAAAAAAGAAUUCAACAUGCAAAAGGGAUUUCUUUGAAUCAGUUUAAAUCUUUCCAUAAAUUUUUGAGCAACUUUGAAGAUUUUGUGAUUGUUGUGAACAUGACUAACACCUUGAACCAUCCUAUUGAUAAAGAGCUUUUUGCACGUACAGUCAAAAUUACAAGUAAUGAAGAUGUUGAUCCUUAUGUUAUCGAUGUUGUGUUUAAUUUAUUUGAUGAAGACGGGGAUGGCAAACUCAGUCAAAAUGAGUUUAUUGGAAUAAUGAAGGACCGGUUGAAGCGUGGAUUCGGAAAGUUUCCCAACCCGACUGGAAUUGAUGGCUUUAAGAAUUGCUUGAGGAAAGAGAUGUUUAAACCCUUUGAAUGAGUCCGUUGAAUAAAUGUUUAAUGGAGUUUUUGAUUUAAUAGGUCGCCAAAGACAUUAAUACCAAGUCGUUUCUACGAAUGAAGAAAUAAUUUUA